CGACCAAAAUAUAAUAAAUUCGUGUUGAUUACAACAAAAACACUCAAUUCAAUUCAAUUAAUGAAUCAUUUUAAAAGCUGCUCACAACAUAUUUAUAAUUCAACAUUUAAUUUGUAACAACCAAUAAUAAUCAUAUUAUUAUCAUGCUUUUGAUGCUAGUGAUUUUGUUCCGGUAUAUAUUUAUGUACAUACAUAAACUACACACCUUCGCCGGGUUUAUUAUUUUUUAAUUUGCAGACGAUCUAUUUUAAAAAACCACUCGCGACUCGAUUUUGCCGUUGAGAUCGUAAAAUGCGAAAAGCUGAAAAGUCGUCGCUCGUCGCUCGUACACUCAUUGCACUGCUUUAGCUGCCGCGAUAUCAGUCCCACGGAACCCUGAAACUUCGUGAAAGUCUUCGAGUCGCACGGGAAGGAUAUAUAUUUACAUAUAUAUUCAAUGAGAUAGGUCGAGUUACUGGAUUAGAGCGGUGUUUAAGUUUAAUCUCCUUUACGUAAUGGAUUAAUUUAAUUGAAGAGAAUAUUUUUAAUAUUUUAAAACACAUCGAGAGCACGGAAACAAGUGACAAUGUGGCUUGAGCACGAUUCAUUACCACAGCAUUUUAUGCGAAAUCAACAACAACACGGACACACGGCCAAAACUAAAAACAGUUUAGUUGACACUGGGAAACUUAAAAGCAGUUAAACCUGAAAUCUAAAUUUCUUGCGAUCCACACUGACUUUUUAAAGUAAAAUUAAUAAUUUAUUCAAACACACAACAAUCAUUGAAAAUUCGUUGAUUCUUACAUGAAAAGGCUGAGCGCUCGUGCUUAGACAUAGAAACAUCUAGUAACCCAAAUUGGUUUUACCAAAUAUCCAAGCUCCAGUAUUCUGUGCGUCGUUGUAGAGUUGGAAAGAACUCUCCCACUGGCGGACGCCAUGCAUGCGCGAGUAUUGCGCAAAUGGAGUCUACACACGAAACCGCUAAUGUACAUUACUAUGUGGCGGCUGCUGCUGUUCACAAUACUUCUGCUCCGUUUAUGCGUUUCGCCGGCGACAUGCAUCAGCAACACCGUCAAUCGGAGCACAGCAUUUGCGUCUGCGACUGUCCCUGUGAUUUCAUCCGCGUCUGCAGCUGUCCAUGCCUCAGCGCCAGCAGCAGCAUUAACCAUGACAGCAAUGAAGCACACAAUCGCAACACCAGCUUCAACAACACAGCAGUCCUCAUCACAGCAACUCAGCCUUGCGCCAGCAACUCCAGAAACAACAACUGCUGGCGAGGACAUAGAAGAAAGCUUUUAUAUACCCGUCGAUGGCGGCGACGGAGACAAGAACAUUUAUGACAGUCGCUUGGUGCAAGCUCUGCACGUUAAUAAAGCUUCGAGCGGUAUCAAUGUUUCGGAUUUGGGGCAUAAUAUUUCCAAUCUGAGGGACAUUGCAAAUAGUUGGCGUAGUAGCAAUAGUUAUGGCAGCAACGCUGGCAGUAGAAUAUUUAACAGUAGUGUAGUGAGCAGUAGUAGUAGCAGAGGUGCAGGUGAACGACAGCAGCUAAACCAACAAGAGUCAAAGGCAGCGUCUACUCUAUAUGCUGAUAACAAGGCAUAUGCGUAUUAUAGAAGUGCUGCGAAACAGGCAACAGUCGAUUCGCGACAACUAUUAUCGAAACCACAUGCAGAAUCAAGAGCUACGCUGACACCUGCAAUAGCAGCAGCUGUACUUCAUCCUCACUUCAGCGUUCAUGGUAUUGUUAACGAUGAUAAUAUUGCAAACGAUGAUGAUACUGAAUUAAUUGAUGAAGACGAUGGAGAUGAUGACGCGGAAGAAGAAGCCGAGGGCUACGGACUAACGGGCGACGUUGGUGAGCACGCAAUAUAUGAAGAUGAUGUCAGUGACCGGCAGCAACACAAACAACACCAACAACACAAAGUUCCAAAUAAUAUGAAUAGUCACAUAAUUAAUUUAUUAAAUACAUAUAAACGUAAUAACCACAACAACAACUGCACUAGCAAUCAAAUCAACCCAAAUCUGCAAACACAAUUACAACAGCAAUAUCACUUGGAAAAUACUCAUGCCGUAACAGCAAGUGCUCAACGAGAAGAAACCACUGCCAGCAGCGUCGCUUUGAAAGAGCAUAACUCGGGCAGACGGACUUUCAAAACACGCCGUCAUGUGAGCACUGAGGAGCGACGGCGCUGGCUUACACGACAACAGCACCAGCAAGAGCGGCACCGUUUCAGCAAUAGCAUCCAAAGUUCGCCUACAAGUAUCCCGCUACCCAUCGCCGCCUAUCCCACCAAAAAGGUAUUCCAACUGGUUAACGGCAAAAAUUUAACGCGCAUCGUACACCUGUUUCCGCCCACAAGGUAUCAUAUUGCAGCUUACGAGAUACCCUCAUCACUGCCAUACCGCGGUGAGUUAACGGAGCAGCAACGGCGUAUGUUGCAGCAUCAACACGAACAGCAAUUGCAGCAAGAUCAAGCAGCGCGGUCACGUCGUGACUCACGCAUAUUUGGUUUGGCCCAGUCUCUGAACGGCGGCGCCGGAUCUGCUUUCCAUGGCCUAGAACAAUCCCCACAGUCAGUAAUAGGGCAAGGAUUAGCUGAGCAACAACAAUUCCAACGUCUCGAACGAUCUAAAAGUGCCGGCGGUAGUAACUGGCAACAAAUGAGCGAUGACAUGUUUCAACGCCAAUCUUAUUCUACCCAACAGCAGCGCCAGCAAUAUCAAAAGUAUCACCAACAUUAUCACAAGCAAUAUCAAAAUAAUAACGAGCAACCCGACGUUGGCGGUCACCGCAAUACACACAGUCAUAUUCACCCAAAUAAUAAGCAUAAUCAUCGUCAGCGUCAGCGUAAACGACCGCGCCGCUAUUGUUCGGCGCGUGAUCCCGCUCAGCUAGCAUUCGAGGCGCCCAUAGUAUUCGAGGGCAAAAUCACGUCUAUGUCACCCGAUCGACGGCAUAACUUCGCUGCCACAGUACAAGUGUUGAACGCUUACAAGCAACAAAUUGGCUUUCAGGUUAAACGUGAGCAAUUCGUACGCCUGCAGUUCGCCUACAUUAACAGCAGUGGCGAGUGCGAUAUCUACCGGGAACAGUUGCGUCCACGCGGUCUUGUACGCGACGAUGAGCUUGAUCUGCAGCGUACUUACAUUUUUUUUGUACAACAGAUCGAUUUGCGCAAUUUCACCAUUCUCGGCCAGCCGAUAAGGAAGACGCGACGAGUAGUGGAAGCAGUGAAGGACGCAGUGAGCGAAAAUUAUGCACAGCUCGCAUCAGUACGAACUAUAACCACAAACCGGACGAUGGAAAUCGGUAGAGAGUUACACAUAGUGUGCAAAGUGCAAGGACGACCGCCGCCCAAGGUCACCUGGUUUAAGGAUGGGAAAUCGAUUAAUCGCAAUCGUAAAUUGUACAAAUUCCGACAUUUCAAAAAACGCUCCGAACUGAUAAUUCGCUCAUUUAACAUUUCCGAUACUGGACGAUAUGAGUGUCGCGCUAAAAAUAAAAUCAAUCAAGAGCCAGAUCGACGAACUAUACUCAUUAAAGCGGACCCAGAACCACGUUAUCCAAGUUUAACGGGCGGAACUGGAAAUGUUUGUCCUGAUGAUGCAGCUGAGUUUUGUCUGAAUGGUGGUACAUGUAAUUUCUUUUCGGAAAUCGGCUCUUAUUCUUGCAUAUGUCCAGAAGGAUUCAUGGGCGAACGAUGCGAUCGCAAGGAGGUCAAUAACAUAUCUCCCAAUAUCACCAUCAAGAUUGGUUACAUUGCAGAUGACCCAAAUUCUUAUACGGAUUCAAUAACGUUGAAUACUCCAUACAAGAGAACUCAAAAUGAUUAAUAAGUUAUAGUUGAGGUCUACUGAAUUUAAAUUGUUGCAAAUAAAAUGAAAAUGCAAAUUGCCUUAGUAGUCAGGAAAUGCCUUAUAUCAGAGCGUUUCGGAACAUCUGCCGAGCUAGAUCGAUCUACAUCAUUGGAAGAUAUGCGUACAUUCAUACAUGAAGGUAUUUUUCGGAUGUUUCAUAAAUUGCGAAAUUAUUUCCCUCAGAGAGGAUUCAAACUAAAGAAAGUUAUGAGAAAACUAGUUUUAAUCAGCACUUAUACCGAUAUGCUUACAUAUUUACGUGUACAUACACAUGUAAAUAA